CGCCGCGGCACUCACCGCCCUUGUCGAUCGGUGGAGGCCGGAGACGCACACCUUCCACUUGAGGGCCGGCGAGAUGACCCCUACUCUUCAGGAUGUCUCAAUGAUACUUGGACUUCCUAUUCAGGGCGAGCCACUGUGUAUGAACACAGCUUCUGAUGGGUGGCGCGGACAGAUGCAGGACCUUAUUGGCAUGGCUCCUCCGGCGUCAGAAAAUCCAAAGGAGAGAGCUCCCGCCGGCGCACCUUUCGCUUGGAUAAGGACUAACUUUGGAGAACUCCUGCCGGAAGGGGCCAACGAGGACAGUAUCAGGACAUACACCCGAGUGUACUUGUGGUACAUGAUCUCGAGGACUCUCUUUGCUGACAGUGGUGGGAAGUUGGCCCAUUGGUGUUGGCUCAAGGCGCUUACGGUGUUGGAGCGCCGGUGGAGUUGGGGAACAGCGGCACUUGCCUACCUCUACCGACAGUUGGACGACGCUUGUCGCAGGACUGGGAGCGGCGGUAUUGGUGGAUGCUUGCUCCUACUUUCCGUAUGGAGCUGGGACCGCCUAUCAGUUGGCCGGCCCAGGAUACUCAAAGCGAGACCAUGGCCUCAUUACCGGCACAACCUUGAUCGGGAGCCGACUUGGGCAUAUCUUUGGGACAAUGUCUCGGAGAUGACGAGCGACCCAAAGAUCAUGUAUAGGCACUACACUGAGGAGUUGGAUACUCUUACCGCUGAGCAGGUGGAUUGGGAGCCAUAUGGUACCUACUACCGUAUUGGCGCGGGGAUGGCUGACCUAAACCCCAAGUGCCUUGAGGAGGCGCGUUUCUGGCGUAUGCGCUGCCCACUCAUAUGCAUGUGGCUUGUUGAGUACCACCAGCCGCACAGAGUGAUGAGGCAGUUUGGGCUGUAUCAGGAGUGCCCACCUCAGUGGCAAGACACAGACCAGACGCUUCAUAGGCUUGAUAGGCAGCGGCAGAGGAAGAUCACAAAUUGGCCUGACCAUCAUAGAGGCCACGUCACAGCGUUCCAACACUGUUUGGAAGAGGUACGGAAUGCUGGCAAUGUGGAGAUUGUCCCCCACGACUUGGGCGCUUUCAACAACUAUCUCCAAUGGUUUCAUGAAAGCACGCGUAUCGAGCUAGUGAGACCCGUGUAUGAUGACGACAUCUUGGACGACCCCAUCGAGUUCGAUGAGCUAGCGCAAAGCCAGCACGACACCUUUGCUCGCAGAGGAAGAUCGACUUCUAUUGCUUCCGAGUUGAACUUCGUGCGGUCUGAGAUCCAAAAAACAGCUGAGGAGUGCGAGGUUGUUUGGGAUCAGAGCCAUACAGAUGAGAAGCCUAUCGGACCGAUGCGGCAUUUCAUUAAGAACACUGCACGAAAGAUGCGGCGGUUAGCCAACUUGCUAGGUUGCCGCGACACCGAAAUUGCGGCUACAUCCUCUUCUGAAGAAGCGGAGAUUCCUGACGACGACACCAUCCUGAGUCAAGUCAUUGCGAGUCAACGCAAGAAGCAAGCCACACGGUCUGCUUACCAGUUGAAGCCAAGGGGCAACGCUCCAAAACGAUACACUUCGGACGAUUAUGUCAACCGAGGAAAGAAGGUUGUCAUUGAGGAGGAUGAGACGUCGCCGCGGAGAUCAACUUUGAGGAAGAUGAGGAACGACGAGCCGUUAUCUUCAGAGGAGGAGGAGGAGCAGGAGCAGCAGGAGCAGGAGCAACAGCCACGGCAGCGGACGAAAAGGUUGGCCGUCCGGAAGCAGCCCGCGAGGAGGGGACGUCGCGGAGGAUAGAUGCAUUUGCUAGUGUUGUGAACUCUAUCUUCUUAAGUAUCGUGUUGUGAACCCUAUGUCAUUUCGAACCAUAUCUCUAUUGCUACGUGUUGUUUGAAUCUAUGUGCUAAGAUGUGAUCUUAUGAUG